AUGCUGCUCACCUUCCAGGACCGUUUGCGCAUUCCAUGGCGUGGUGGCGCAAAGCAAAUUACGCUCGACGGGGUGGUCACGCUGGUGGUACUGAUCGCGACACUGUUGAUGACAGCGAUUAGCAAAGAGUUCUGCCUGGUCCUUCUCUUCUGUCUUCCGUUUGUACUGAUGUACAUUAAGCGGUUUUGUGGACGGACUCAAUCCAAGACAAAAUUCUUCAUUGUAUGGUUCUUCGGCAGCUGUGUGUAUCUGCUCGCAUUGUUCGAGCUGACGGUUCCGUUGCUAGAAAUAUUGCCCCAGGAAAACAUCGGCCUGGUCGUUCUGAUGACGUUGGGCUUUUUCUGUCUGUUCAAGGCAAAGGAACGGGCCGCAAUCGGUGAUUUGGCCGGUCUACCGGAAGUGAACUCACAGAUGGAAAAUUGUAAAAUUCCGAAAGACACACAGGUCGUUAUGUUUUCCGAUCGCGACGAUUCGGAUGAUGGUUCCACCGAUACGGAAGGUGGCCGGCUGGCAUGCCAGCUUUGCCGUAAGUACGUACCGCCUAGGACGUACCACUGCAAGAUUUGUUCGGUCUGCAUGGUACGGCAAGACCAUCACAAUGUGUGGCUGAACUGCUGCAUCGGCAAAUCGAACCACCGACUGUAUCUGGCGGGAUGCAUCUUUACACUGUUGGCGUUGCUGGUGUUUGCGAAUCUCUCGAUGACGGCCGUCUGUCGCCCGACUCCGAUUUUUACGGUGUACGGAGUAAUUGUGAUGAUGCCGAACGACUGUAACGACAUAUUUUUCCAAUAUGAUAUUGCACUGUGCUUCACAGGGUCGUUGUACGCGUUAAUGAUGGCUUUUGCUAUAAGCGUCGCCAUACUGAAACAGGUCUGCUUCAUUUCAUUCGGCACAUCUUACGACGAGUGGCGCCGUGGAGAUCACGUAAAACGACGGAAUUGCUUUUGGAAUUGGAAAGCGUUUUGCCUUGGCCAGUAA